ACUAUACGCCUGUAUUCACUCCGCACAUCUAUACCUGUUACAAGGACCUACAGGUAUAACCGCAUCAGUGGCUAGAUACCUACCUGUCAGCAAAUGAACUCACCUGAAUGAAUAUACCUGUACGUACCUGAAAAAUCAAGACAUAUAAUACAAGGGUGUCGAGGGAGCCGGUUGAUACCCUAUAGUAAUAGACUCUAGCUAUUGUGAGAUUUUGUCUUUACCUGGAAUACUUUUAAACGCCUAUUACAGGUAAACUGAGAAAAAGGUGUAUUUAUCAACGGUUAACGCGGGGACCAUUACUAUUGCAACAGAUCCGUGUUUGGUGUAAAAUUGAGUGAUAUAAAAUAGACAAACUUUAAAAAAUAAAAAAUUGUAGCUCGUUUAAAUAAUCAGCUUCGUCAUAUUAGGAGGAUAUACGUGCUAAAGCGGACGCACUACUGGAAAAAACUAUUGCGGAUACAUAGCCACCACCUGUGUUUUUGUGUAAGUCACUGUGACAAUCCAAUACUCAACCAGGUUUACGGUUUAUCUGAACAACGGAAACAUUUGGGAUAACGUUGUAUGAAAUAUACGGUGAAAGUUUUCAGAAGAGUUACUAUAGUUAACCUAGAAUUGGUUUUGUGAGCAAAGUGAAUAAGGAGAAGGUACAUCGGAGACAUCCUGGAUAGGGUUACGCAAUUUUACCUGACAGAAUCAAUUCACCACAAGGUGGAUUGAACCUUACUGUCCAACUGGCGGUCACACUCGGAGAGACAAUGAUCUACACGUUAACACAACAGCAACUCAACCCCGGGCUGACUCAGCCCUUCACGCAGGGGACCAGUCAUGGAUUCACACAGCCCCUCACCCAGGGGCUGCUAACACAACAGAUUAGCCAGCAACUUACCCAGCAGCUUGCACAACAGCCCGUCAGCCCCGGGCUCAGCCCGGGGGUAAGCCCACCAGGUCUCAGCCCCGUAGUGACUCCUCCAGGUCUCAGCCCCGGACUAAAUGGUGCUAACGGCCAGUUGGUCAGUGCGUCCAGCCCGGGGGUCAGUCCUAUAUCUCCCGUGGCACCAAUGUCUCUUCAGCCCGGAAUAAUGCAUCUUAUAAACUACGGAGACAAGGACCUGGGACUUCUACUUUCACAGAGAAUGGAAUUGGUCUGGCAUGGGGAAUUCGAUCGUCUGUUUAGCCAGUACUAUCCCCACAUGUGGUACCUGGUUCCAACAUUUAACCCGCCCAACGACCGAUGGCGAACAUUCAAAGACAGUGCCAAAGUUAGGUUCUCGUGCCAGAGUUGCGGACAUGGAUGGACGUCGAUGAAGGGACGUGUUAUAUUUUGGUUCCAGCUUAACUACGUUACAAACACGGGUUACGUAAUGUUCAAGCUGUACGGUCAGCAAUGCCAGAGGUGUAAAAAUGGAACGUAUGAACACGCCAUGUGGUAUCCAGAGGAAGUUGUCAAGGUUCUCGGAAAUGUGUACAACCGAGUUGGACAGAUAUACUAUGGCUUUAUACGUCCACCACUGCGGAUAGACAGAAGAGCAGGCAAGCCAAGAAACCAACACAACGCAGAACUAUGCCAAGCCUGCAAGGAGGGUCUAUGUCGGGAGGAAUGGUCUUUUUCCUGAAGUAAACACCAUCUGUAAUGUGUGUUUAUCAUACAUAUAAAGGGCAGUAACUUGGAUUUACUUUUACGCUGAUGAGGACCAGGCAUUGAACGUUAAACGUGAAUAGAAAUGAACUGACGAUACAAUGAAUCUAGAAUUUAUUACUGAGACAUUAUUUGAUCAUCAAACAUUUGUUCUUAAUGCAAUGAUAUAAAACUGUUAUGUGAAACAUUUGCUGUUUAAGUAGCAACAGUGUGCUCAUUAUUAUUUUUUAUUUUUAAAUAUUUUGUACAUAUAAUAUAUGAUUUUAUCAAUUGUUUUGAAUUUUACAUUCACAUUAAAGAUUGUUGAACAGUUAUGUUCAUAUGUUUAGUUUAGAAUUAUAUAAACUUGUGUUCAGUAUGCAGAUGAUGGCGUUGAACAUGCUUGCAUCAUCAUUAUGUUUCUUUGAGUAUUUCUUCUAGAUCUGCAUAACAUUUAAUGAAACAUUUUGCUAUGGUCCAGAUGUGGGAGCAUUGUCUCUAUCUGAUGAUCCAAGCUCACGAAAAGAAGAGGCUGCAUUUGCAUAAAACAAAUAUUGUGCAUAAUGUACAGUCUUAUAUUUUAUAUAGUUUUGCCAGCAUUUGUCUGAGUAUAAAUCUGUUCUUUUAUUAUAGCAUACAUUUAUAUUUAAUGUAAAUAUUAUAACGUUAAGAUGCAAUGUUAUCUUUGAUUUGCCUGUAACUCCAUAAUAGACACGAAUAUUUUAUAACAUAUUGUAUUAAGCAUAUAUUGAUGUGCACGUGUUUUUGUCAAACUGUUAACAUGUGCUUUCUGCUGCAUGUCUAUAUUCCAUAUCUUUCCGAACAAGUACCACAACUGAUUUCAUAAUAAUGUGCUAACAAUAUAACUGUAAAUCAUAAUGUUGGCUCCGACAUCAUAUCAACAUAUUUUGACUGCCACCAUGAGUAUAUAAAUCAACAAAUGAAUACAUAUUUAGCAAUUGUCUCAUAAGCUGAAGAUUUCAUUUUAUAUUCUUUGCAUAUUUCCCAUUUGUUUGAUUUUGAACAAACCCUGAAUAUGCGGGUAAAUAUACGAAAUAAAUGAAUACAAAUGUGUUAAAAUAUCAACAACCCCCUUGUAGUAUUACAGUUACAGUUACCUAUAUAACGCCAUAAGAUAGCAAACUGUACAAAUUAUAUACCCAAUAUUAUUAGCAAUUGUGCAAUCUUAAAGUGUUUAAAACAGUAUUUUUUAAUGAGUCCCAUGUUCAAUGAUCAAACCGUACAAUAUAGUACAUAUUUACAAAACUACGAGGAACCGACAGUCGUAGUGUUUGUAAUUUCAACUCUAAAGUGUAUAGGUUAUUUUAUGAUUGUCUAAUACUUAUUCAUUAUUACAAUACAUCUACAAAUGGUUCCUUUUUUAUAUGAAGACAAAACAACAGAUAAAGACUGCGUAGAUAAUAGCAAAUUAUGAUACGAAAAUUUUGACAAAAAAUAUCUUGAGAAUGGAAUUUUUAUUUUUUCACAUACAUGUAACUACAAAUUUGUGACACUGCAUUUUCAACUUUUACAUAUCAGAGUUUUAUUUGAAAUGUUCCUGGAUGUCAUGUGACGAUUUUUCCGCCAAAUAGAUAUAAUUUUGGUUGAUACAUAAUGUGCCUUAUUUGUAUAUAUAUUGUUGUAUUAUAUUUUAUUAUAAAAUACAUGUGUGUAAUUCCUCUAGUGUCGCUCUAUGUUGUACUAUUUGUAUUGGUCUUAUUAAAUAAGACUGCUCAUAGAUUGUAUUUUAAUGGAACACAGGGUCUUGUAUCAAAAUGGUUCUGUAAUAUUUUCACUUGUUUUUUUUCCUCAAUUAAACAUUUUAAUUUGAUAUUUUGGAAUUGAUGCAUCAAAGAGAAAAAUAUUUGAACUUUGGGUUAAAAUAAAAAUAAUUUCGCUUUUAAAAAAUUACUAAAAAUCGUUGAGAAAUGAAGUUUUUGAAACCUAUGUGGUAAACUAACAAAUAACAAGACCCCGUGUUACUAUUGGUUUAAAACAUUCAUAAUAUAUACAUGUUCAUCUUAAGAUAUGUUUGUUUCUGUUUGGCGUGUUGGCUACGGCAUUAGGCCAUCGUUCCGUGUUAGCUCGUAUCGAAUUGUUUUGUUUGACGUGAGUGUUUGAAAUUUUAUUUAUAACUUGUUAGCUUCAAAAAUACAUUAAUCUUAAUCAAAAUAUAAAUUUUAUACUGGAUGAAGUCUUUUCGACGUAUCCGUUCCGCUGGAAUGUUUACAUGUUUUGUGUUAUAAUUUGAAUAAUUUACCUUCCAAUAAAUAUUUAUUAUGUGAAAGUUGCAGUAUGGCAAGAAUAUAUUUUAUUUAAAAAAUAGAUUUGAAAAAAGUAUAUAUAACACAUUAAUAACAAUAAUUUCUAUUUGUUUAUGAAAUUAUACAUAAAUACCUCUUUCACAAAAUAUAAUUUACGAAGUUGAAUUAAUAAAACAACAAAUCUGAACAUGCAGAGGUAUUUUCAUUGGUGGACGCUGUUCGGUACUGCUCUAUAUUUUUCGUUUGAGCGAUGCAAACUAAAGGUUCGCGUGGUACCUAUUGUUUCAUAACUUUACGUAAAACAUCGAUCAGACAUAAAAGUUUCAUGCAAAAAAUUGAUGUUUUAUAACAGAGGACAAACAUUGACAGUAAAGAAAAAUGAUUUCCUCGACAAGAUUAUCAAUGCCAUAAAUACUGAACCUAGCUGUGUUUAUUUUCUAAUGUUAAAGUGCUAAUGAUGAUUAAAUUAAAAUUAGAGCGCACGGCAUCCUUUGAGUAUGUAUAUGUGAAUGUGAAUCUUUAAAACUGUCAAAUAAUUUAAUGUUUCCUGUUUGCAUGUUUGCAAUAUGAAGUUUUUAUAUUGUCUAUUUGAAUUUCAAAUAAAAACCUCUCAAGCAUUUAAA